UCAGUGGUUUCAGUUUCUGUUCCGGAGAAGUGAAAGAGAAACAGUCGAGCUGUGCAGACAUGGAGGAGCACACGGGGGACAGCAGGCUCUGCAGGAACUGUAAGAAGGAGGUGGCCUUGUCUAACUUCGCCCUGCACGAGUCCCACUGCAAGCGCUUCCUGUGCGUGUGCCCAUUCUGCGAUGAGCCAGUGCCCAGGGAGCAGAUGGACCAACAUCGGGACACCGAGCACAAGCAGGUGCGGUGCCCGCAGUGCCACGAGCAGAUGGAGAAAUGGCAGCUGGAAGAGCACCAGGCCGAGCAGUGCCAGGAGCGCCUCGCCAGCUGCCAGUUCUGCCAGCUGCAGGUGCCGCUGAGCCGGCUGCCCGAGCACGUCGCCCCCUGUGGGAGCCGGACGGAGCGCUGCCCGGACUGCGGCAGCUACGUGCAGCUCCGCGAGCAGGAGCGGAGCUACACAAUGUCCAACUAG